GCUGUUUGUUCAUAUGGUAAAGACUAAAGUUGUUUGAGUGAAAAGGACGUUCCUUUCCCCCACCCAUCAGGAAACACUCCCUCUGAAAUAGAAGCUCUGCUAACUGCUACACACUUCUGCUCUCAACACUGCUGCUACAAACGUUUCCACAUUACACUGACUUACUGAUUACAAAUACUGUGUUAAGUGGAUUGUCUUCAUCACAAGUGCAAGUAAGGAUUCACCUUUUUUGUAGAUUGUGAGAAAAAGAACGAAAAAGAGGAAAAUGUUUCACGUCUAUGCUUCUGGUAGACUGACGCACCUGCACUGAGAUGACAAAGAUGGAACUCGGGCAAGUCCAUUCUUGGAAAACCAUUGACGGCAGUAAAUCAGUAUUGCAUUACUGGACUUGACAAGAAAAAAGGUUUAAGAGAAUUUCCCAGAAUGUUCAAGAAUUGCAGACGAGUUCGAAAAUGGACUUUUCUACAGCUUGUCUCGAUGUGCUGUAUCUUGUCAGUGCUCAUGGUUUGUUGGGACCAAGUGGAUCACCAUGUUGUGAGCCACGUAAAGUCAUACUCCUACCGCUAUCUGAUCAGCAGCUACGACUUCAUCAACAAAAGCCUCAGUGUCAGCCCAGAGGAAGCUGCCCAGUUUGGCAGUUUCCCAUUUCUGCUCAACAACAAGAACAUUUGUAAAGACCAGGAUGUGUUGCUGCUGCUUUUUGUAAAAUCCUCUCCAGGAAACUUCAAAAGAAGACAGGCCAUUCGCUCCACUUGGGGCAACGAGUCCUACAUAAGUAAUGAGCUGGGUGUUAUCGUGAAGGUAGUGUUUGCGAUGGGCGUUCACCCAAACAUGCCUUCUAAGAGUAUCCUACAGAAGACAUUGCACAAGGAACACAUGAACCACGGUGACCUGAUUCAGCAGGACUUUCUCGACACCUUUCACAACCUCACUGUUAAACUUCUACUUCAGUUUCGCUGGACACACGAGAACUGCGCCCAUGCCCGGUUCCUUAUGACUGCUGAUGAUGACGUAUUUAUCCAUUUACCUAAUUUGGUACACUACAUUCAGGACCUCAGCAGACAGAACAUACAUGACCUCUGGAUCGGCCACGUGCACCGGGGAGCGCCUCCCAUUCGCCAAAAGAACAGUAAGUACUACAUGUCUUUUGAGAUGUACCAGUGGAACUCCUAUCCAGAUUACACUGCUGGGGCUGGGUAUGUUGUCUCGGGAGAUGUGGCUGCCAAAAUCUAUCAGGCCACCCUGUCUCUUAAUGCCUCUAUGUACAUUGAUGACGUCUUCAUGGGUAUCUGUGCCAUUUUAGCCGGCGUCUCACCCCAGGAACAUGUUUACUUCUCAGGUGAGGGGAAAACACCCUAUCACCCAUGCAUCUAUGAAAAAAUGAUCACCUCUCAUGGACAUGAGGAUGAUGUGAGGUAUCUGUGGAAGGUUGCAACUGCCCCACAGGUACAAGAUAUAUCCUCUGGAUUAUUGGGGAAGCUGUAUUGCACAGCUGUGAAAAUAAUGCUUCUUUGUAAGCCGUACUUUUCGAACACCUAUUCAUGCAUGGCAGCUUUUACAUAAUGCACUGUGAGUCCAUGCAGUAUUUCAAUAUUUUUUGUUUCCUUUUGCUUUCAAUGUUAAAUAUUGUGAAACUUUUCAAUAAAGAUAAAAGCUAUGCACCUAA